AUGAACAGUUACGCCUGGCUUAUCGUCGCACUGACGACGACAUUGGCCGCCGUCGUCGUCGACGGAGCGCCCAGUCAGACGCCGCAAAUGGCACCACAAUCCGCCACAGAGCUGGCAUUGGAUAUGUACAACAGUUGUUUCAAGGACUUAAGUGUGUCGUGUGUACGCCCCAAAGCCAUUCAGUGGUUGAAUGAGGCCCUGCACCAGCCGCAGGUGAAGUUGACCGAACGUCUAUCCAUAGUGCGAACCUCGGCACAGCCCAUGGAGCAGCAGCGCGCACUUGGUCCUCAGGAGCAAAUGUUUGACAACAUCGACAGCUAUUUGGCCACACACGCGCUGAAUAUUGAGGCGCCCGAAUAUUUCCGCAGCACGGAGGCACGUUCGCUAGUGCCAGACUUUCUCAUGCAGAAUGCUCUGACCCGGGGCGGUUUGGUGCCCCUGGCUGCUGCAAAUGAGGGUCGUGGCAUGAUACGCAAGGCUGUGCUGCCCUUCCUCAUUGGCCUGAAAUUGAAGACCACCGUGCUGGUGCCCCUUGCCCUGGCGCUCAUUGCCCUGAAGACCUGGAAGGCCAUGACAUUAGGUCUGCUCUCGCUGGUGCUGUCCGGCGCUUUGGUCAUUUUCAAGAUAGCCAAGCCGAAAAUCGUCAACUACGAGGUUGUGCACUACCCCCACCAUGUGGAGCAUGUGGUGCCCCACCACAUUGAGCACAUAGUGCCGCAUCACAUAGACCAUCACCACUUGGACCAUCACAUCGACCAUCACGUCGACUUGCCAGUGGAGCAUAUUGAGCAUUUGGAGCAUCCUGCGCCCGCCUGGGAUCCACAUGCCUGGGCACGCUCCUCGCAGGAGCCGCAAAAUGCACAGGAUAUGGCAUAUGCGGGCCAGAAACGCCGCUAA